ACCGCCCGCCCCCGCCUUGCACACGCGUGUUCUGACGUGUGCGUGUGCGCAGGCGCGUGCGCUGCUGGCCCGUGGCGCGACGCCGGAGCCGCCGGGGACACGCGGCCGGGCCAUGCUGCGGGCCCCGUGCCCGUUGGGGCCGCCCCACGGCCGCCUCCUUCUGCCCGACGCCGCCGCCGCCGCUCUCCGCCUUCUGCCGCCGUUACCGGGGAUGGAGCCGGUGCCCAAAGCGGUGCUGGGAGCGGCGCUGACCAAACCCCGGCGCCCGGUUAUCGCCUGCAGCAUCUGUCAGAUCCGCUUCAACUCUGAGAGCCAGGCGGCGGCACACUACCAGGGGAACCGGCACGCACGGCGCCUGAAGGGCUUGGAGGCCGCCCGCGCUCGUCGUGGGGGGGACUCGGGGGACAGCCAGGACCCCCCUGCACCCACCCCCAACCCUACGGGGGAGACGCCUGAGCGCAAAGGAGAGCAGCCCCCAACGCCCGCAGCUCCCAGCGCCCCCGGGCCCCCCUCCCCCCCUGAUCCCCCGGCUGUGGCCACAGAGGCACCAGGGGGAACGCGGGGGGGGUCCUGGGGGGGCAGCGGAGGGGGAGGAGGAGGAGAGAAGGCGAAGGCCAAGCGGCUGCUUUACUGCGCCCUCUGCAAGGUGGCUGUCAACUCCCUGUCCCAGCUCGAGGCACACAAUAAAGGGACGAAGCACAAGACGCUGGUGGAGGCACGCAGUGGGCUGGGACCCAUCCGCGCCUUCCCACGCCUGGGGGGCGGCACAGGGACCCCCCCAGACGAAGCCCCCGAGCGCUCCUUCCACUGCCAGAUCUGCAACGUCCACCUCAACUCGGAGCUCCAGCUCAAGCAGCACAUCUCCAGCCGACGGCACCGGGAUGGGGUGGCCGGAAAACCCAACCCACUGCUGAGCCGCCACAAGAAGCCCCGGAGCCCCCGGAGCUGGUGAGCGCCGCUGCCCUUCCCCAAGGAGCUGCCGAAGGCGCUGGCGGGCGGGGGGCUGCUGCCUCCCCCAUUGGCUCUGGCAGCUGCCGCCGCCGCCAUGGCCGCCCCCCCGCUGGCACUGCGCCCCCCAGGACCCCCCCUCCUGCCCGGCCCCCCCCUGGCGCCCGCCCUGCUGCGUCCCGCCCCGGGACCCCUCCGUCCUGCCCACGCCCCCCUCCUCUUCUCCCCAUACUGACCCCCCCCUCACCCCCCCCCCCCCCCUUGGCAACCGUUGCCCAGCAACCAGCCAGCAGUUGGUACCCAGCUGUCCCUCCCCCCCCCC